AUGGCAGAUGAGAGCUACAAGAAAGUGUUCCUGGAGACCCACAACCAGUACAGGAGGAAACAUCAAGCCCCGGACCUGAAAAUGAGUGAGGCGCUGUGUAAAUCUGCUCAACAAUGGGCAGAUCAAAUGCUCAGAACGAAUACCAUUGGACAUAGUGACACAGACAACGGGGAAAAUGUAUAUUAUGCUUUUAGCUCCAGCCCAAAGCCGCAGACAGGUAAAGAGGCUGUAGACAGUUGGUAUAGCGAGAUUAAAGAUUACAACUUUGGAAAAUCAGGACAUCAACCAAAGACAGGACACUUUACCCAAGUUGUGUGGAAAUCAACUACAGAGGUUGGAGUAGGAAUGGCUACUGAUGGAAAGACUAUUUUUGUUGUUGGUCAAUACAGUCCUGCUGGAAACAUAACCAAUGCUGGUUACUAUGAGAAAAAUGUUCUACCUGCAGGUAAAGAGGCUGCAGACAAUGGGUGUAGCGAGAAUAAAGAUGACAACUUUGAAAAAUCAGCACUUCAACCAAAGACAGGUAUUGAAAAGGACAGCUAA